AUGGCCGAUACCACCACCACCACCACCACCACAAUUCCACCCUUUGAGCAUACCCCCCUCGAGGACAUUGCUUCGACAUGUGCAACUGUUCGGGCCAGCUUCCUUGCGCACAAGACGCGGCCGCUCGAGUUCCGCAUCCGACAGCUGCGCAAGCUGUACUGGGGCUUCAAGGACAAUGAGGCGCUCGUCAUCGAAGCGUGCAAGCGUGACCUGGGCAAGGCAGAGUUCGAGACAUACCUGACCGAGUUCUCCUGGUGCAUGAACGACUGCGUGUGGAUGGCCGACAACCUCACCCGCUUCGCCCAGGACGAGAAGCCAGCCGACAUUCCGCUGACGAACCGGCUGGUGGGCCCGCGCAUUCGCAAGGAGCCGCUGGGUGCUGCCCUCAUCAUCGGAGCCUUCAACUUCCCCAUCCAGCUGACAAUUGGGCCCUUGAUUGGCGCCAUCGCAGCGGGCUGCACCGCCGUCAUCAAGCCCUCGGAGGCGGCGCCCCAUGCGGCCGUCGUCAUGGCCAAGAUCAUGCGCGAGUCCCUCGAUGGCAGCUGCUACGCCUGCGUCCAGGGCGCCCCAACGUCGGCAAGAUCAUCGCGAAGAAGGCGGCCGAGACACUGA